CCCUGCAGAGUUCCCGGCGGCCCGGUCCCGAGGCGCAGCGGUCGCGGCGCGCGCCCUUGUCUGCCCGCACCAUGAACACCUUCGUCUUCAACAAGCUCGGCGGCGCGGUGCUCUUUGAGGACCGCAGCGCUGCGGAGCGGGAGCGCAGCGGCAGGCCCUUUGGCGGUGUCCUGGACAGUGCUCACGUCCGCCCCGAGAUGGGCAUUCCCGAUGGCCCGACCCUCAAGGACAACCUCGGCCUGAGACACAGGCGGAACGGGGCCCGGCAGAACAGCGGAAAGGUGAGGCACAAACGACAGGCUCUGCAAGACAUGGCGCGGCCGCUCAAGCAGUGGCUUUACAAGCACCGGGACAACCCGUACCCCACCAAAACGGAGAAGAUACUCUUGGCCCUCGGCUCGCAGAUGACGCUAGUGCAGGUGUCAAAUUGGUUUGCUAAUGCAAGACGUCGGCUUAAGAAUACUGUUCGACAGCCUGAUUUAAGUUGGGCUUUACGAAUAAAGUUGUACAACAAAUAUGUCCAAGGAAAUGCUGAGCGACUCAGUGUAAGCAGUGAUGAUUCAUGUUCUGAAGAUGGAGAAAAUCCUCCAAGAAACCUCAUGAAUGAAGGGGGUUAUAAUAAUCCAGUCCACCAUCCUGUGAUUAAAAGUGAAAGCUCAGUCAUAAAAGCUGGAGUGAGGCCAGAGUCAAGGGCCAACGAGGACUAUGUGUCACCCCCAAAGUACAAAAGCAGCUUGUUGAACCGUUACCUUAACGACUCUUUGAGACAUGUCAUGGCUACAAAUGCUGCCAUCAUGGGAAACACGAGGCAAAGAAACCAUUCGGGAUCUUUUAGCUCCAAUGAAUUUGAGGAAGAAUUGGUGUCUCCCUCAUCAUCAGAGACAGAAGGCAACUUCGUCUACCGCACAGACACUGUGGAAAACGGAUCUAAUAAGGGUGAGAGUGCAGCUAAUAGAAAGGGACCAAGCAAGGAUGACACAUACUGGAAGGAGAUUAAUGCAGCUAUGGCCUUAACAAAUCUUGCACAGGGAAAAAACAAACUGCAGGGAACUACCAGCUGCAUCAUCCAGAAGUCAUCACAUAUAGCAGAAGUAAAGACAGUCAAAGUGCCACUGGUUCAGCAAUUUUAAGAGUUUGUCACUUUUCAAAUUGAGGCUGUUCUUCACAUCAGUGUUUUUAUCAUAACUUUUCAUCAUCAAACCUGAAGCUGGAGUGAAAAGGACUCCUUUCCCACCUCGCUGUAUUUUU